UAUGUUCUAGGUGCGGACAAUAGGUGCUUUCUUGAAAAUGGCGGGUCAGCUGAGAGCUUCUUCGUCAGUGAGGACAUCCCAGUUGGAUCUGUUAUUGGUACUGUCCGUCUGAUAGGAGAUCCAAGCGAGAGAGGGAACAUAGAGCUAAGACUGAAAGAGGUUGAUAGUCCCGUGGUCAUCUCACCGGGCACUAGCAAUCUCACAUUAACUAGAAAACUAGACAAAGAGGGUUUCGAGAUUCCAAUCAACAUAAGGGUGACCGAUGCUAAUGACAAUGCACCACAAUUUGUCAAUGCUCCUUACAUUCUCAACAUAUCUGAGGUAACAGUGGUUGGAACAAGAGUUCUACAGGGUGUGAAAGCAGUUGAUGCUGAUCAGCAAGGUCCCUAUUCAACAGUGCAGUACUCUGUACUUACAGGACCUCAUUCUGACUAUUUCGUUUUUGUGAACGCUCUAGAAGGAACUCUAGUACUGAGGAAGCCAUUGGACUACGAAGCUUUGUCGAAUUUUACCAUAGCAAUACGAGCUCAGGAUCAAGGCAACCCUCCACAAUACACAGAUACAGCACUCCAUGUCUAUGUGAUAGAUGCUGAUGACCAAAAUCCAAAAUUCCUAGAUGAUAGAUACAGCACGAUUGUACCCGACCAUGCUAAUAAGGGCACAAAUCUCCACAUACAACCCAGAGAAAUAUCAGCGUAUGACCAGGAUCUGGGAAUAAAUGCUCCCAUAUUCUACACCUUCAACUCAGUGGGUUCCGACUACAAAUACUUCGAGAUGGACAAGGAGAGUGGUAAAGUAGUGAUGAAGCGAAGUAUACCGGAUGAUGAGCUGUUACAACCUGUGACUCUGGUUGUGAAGGCAACCCAGUUCGAUAACCCAGACCGCUACGCUCUGACGACGUUAACAGUGAGUCGCCCUGGAACUUCGCUCCGGGAACUCCAGUUUCUCCAGACGCACUACUUGGCUGGAGUCCUGGAGAAUGUUCCUCUGAACAGUGUUCUACUCACUGUCAUCACUAACAGGCACCGGGAUAAGAGACUUAAAUACUGGCUGGACUAUCCAACAGAUAUGUUUGAUGUUACCUCCACUGGUGAUAUUGUCCUGAGACGUUCCCUGGAUUACGAGACUGAAGAAAAUUACGUUUUCCAGGUGUACGCUACUGAUGGAACAAUGAACGCAACUGCCAACGUGAACAUAUCAGUGCUUAACGUGAAUGACUGGGACCCGUUCCGAUAUCCUCAAUACGAGUUCUUCGUUCCCGAGAUCCCCAGGGAGAGAGGGGAAGUGCGAGAGGAUGAGGAGGGGGAAGCCGGCUUGAUGGUGGGGAAAGUAGAAGCGGCAGAUGGGGAUAGAGGGGAUUUUAUUACGCUCAGUUUGAGGGGACCUGCUGCAAGAAUGUUCACAAUCGACGACUCUGGAGAAAUUAGGAUCAAGGACCUGUCAGCUCUUAACAGCAGUACAGCUCAUCUAGUGGCAGUAGCUACUGAUAAUGGAAUUCCUCCUAGACAAGCUUCUGUACCAGUAAUAGUGCACCUACCUGAGGCGGUGAUAUGGCGAGCGGGCAAUGCGUGGGUGGGAGGGGCCAGUUUUAUUGUUAUGAUAGUUUUCGGAUCUAUUCUAUCAGUACUGGCACUUAUCAUUGUCAUACUCAUACUCUACAUUCAUAAACACAAAAAGCCGAAAUCCGGCAGCCGGGAGGGUAAAACUAACGGAAUAAUUGCAAACCAAAUAGAACCAGAGAAGUUACCCCCAAAUACCCGGAAUGAAGACACUUUCGCCCCUGGGGGCAAAAUUGAAAACCCCGUCUAUGGAACCGCAAAUUUGAGUCAUACCACACCUACAAUGCCGAGGGGGAGUUCGCCCUACACUGCUACUGUAAAAAGUAUAAUGGCUCGAAAUCCCCCAACAAGAUUACCACCCCAAGUCCUGCCACCAACCAAUAGCCGCAUGCAGAUCAUCACUGCUCACAACCCUCCCCCACCCCUGCAACACCACCCCAAAAAGCAGAAGGUGGCCCCCCUGCCGCCCCCAGGUACCCCCUUCCCGCACCCCGUCUCCUCCCCUGAUGACGCCGCGUCUUCCAACAAUAACCUCACACAGGGUGGAAAAGUGUCAUGGCCGAUGGGUUCUAUUCCAAGGAGGGUGAAAAAGCUAUCCUGGGAUGAUGAGAGUGAUAGUUCUAAUGCUGUUGGUACCAGGAGCAAGACUGAAAUGGACCCAGAUGUCAGCGUGACACCUCUGGGAGCCGAUUCUUUCAAGACGUCCGAUCAGAUGAAUUUGACGGUCUACUUCUGACGAAAAUCCAGCGCUAUUUUUCGUGAUCGAUUGUUGAAGUCGUCGAAAAGUAGCCAGAGGUUUUUCUUGCAUCGGAAAUGACAAAAUCAAUCAUUCAUGUGGAUAUAUACAUGUGCAUCUAUCAUGUGGAUACAUCAACAUGGAAAAUAUUCAUAUCACAAGAGUUUGAUGAGAGCUCUUUGCUGAGUGUUUUCUUCUUGAAGACACAGAGAAAUGAAAAGCUCCUAUCGAUUUUCUUGAGAUCAACGAUAAGGAAAAAGAACAAGAUGAAGGAGAAAGUGAAGAAGAGACAAUAAAAUACGUAAGGUAUAGAGUAAGGGUAGAAGUAAGGUAAUAUAAUAUCAUUGUUAAUCAAAGAUUUUGCUCUUUUAUUCCAGAAAGUGAUACUUUAUGUCACGAACGAUAUUACAUAAGUUAUAGUGUUACUGUUAAAGUUUUCUGUGAAGCAGAUUUCUGAUAAUAUUGUGGAGCAGAAUGCAGUAGCAGAAACAGAAGAUAAUAACAAGUAAAAGAUGGAAAUAGAAGGUGAAGGAAGAAAUAUGAAAAAGAAGAAGAAGAAUUGGUUGAAUAAUGAGUUGAGUUUAAAAUGGCACUCCAAACAGCAAUGACUGACAUCCAAGUGGGAGUGACUAUUCCAUGGCAGCCAAUGGCAGGCCAGUAUUGUUGUGUGAACAGCUCGACCAAUCAUGGAGCUGCUACAGAACUUUCUGGAAGCAUUUGAGAGAUCCAUGUCAGUUUUUGAUAUAUUUACCACGGACUCGAAGUACGUACCAUGUACUAUUUUACAGCAAGGUUUUCAAGAAGAAAUUGUGAGAUACUUAGUCUUUCAGCUCUUGAUGUAGUCACUGAAUUCAGUAUCUAGAAUUAAGAUCAGGCCUACAUGAGAUAUAAAAAGGAUUCUUUUAUCAACUAGUCUACCUAUGAUUUGUUGAAUUUCUAACGUAUACAACGAUAAUAAUCAACGAAUCUUUUGAAAUUUUAUGACUGAAUCAAUAAAUUACUGCUAUAUGCCUCUCCAUUCAUACAAUAUAACUGUUAUAAAGAUGAAAUAUGUUAUGACGAUCUAUUGUAUGGAUGCUUCCUCCAAUCAAAUUCGUGUGAUCUAUUGUAUUCAAUAAGAUAAUAUUAAUGACAAUCAUUAGCAGUGAUAGGUCCAAAUUUGAACUUAAUCCAUGAGUUGUUCAAAUGAUGAAUUGUAAGAUGACAGAAAGCUUAUUUGAUAUUACCUACAAAGACAAUAUUCAACCUUUGGAAUAUCAAUAAGUAUUUGUUCAAAAGUAUUAUGUAAGAUUAUAGAUUAUCUUUCAUGACUUGUAAAUAAUUCCGUUCAAAGUUAUAUUAUUAUUAAGUAAAAAUGAGUUGUAACUAUUGUUAGUUGAAUAUUUUUGGUCAUAAUUCAUCAGAUUGUGACCCGGUUGCACAACAGCCGGUUAAAUUUUAACCAUAAUUAAUUUCACGAGAACCAAUUUUAAAUCAGACAAGUCUUUUUUGAAAAGACAGCUUCUCUGAUUGGUUCUCGUGGAAUUAACCACGGUUAAGAUUUAACCGGCUUUUGUGCAACCGGCACUCUGACUCUUCAAGUCAUUUCCCAAUUUGUACAUAAAUAUAAAUUUAAGUAAGCAAUAGAAAUGUAUGAAGAAUCACUUAGAUAUUUAUCUGAGAAGAAUAACUAUUUUAAUAUAAUGUAAAUAUAAGUAUUAAUUAAAUUGAUAUGAUACUAUGUUACUAUAGUGAGGUCCACGCUAUAAUGACAGUAUUUGAUCAACUUUGGUUUUGCUAUCCUUGUCUAUCAUUCGACAAAGCCGAUGUUACUAUCCUUUUCUAGGUUCACAACGAUGCCAAUUAUGUUUUUGACAGUGUUGAAAUAUAAAUAAUUAAUGCAGAGAAUCGGCAUCGCUAUUCUUCUAUCUUUAUCCACUGCCAUUAUAACGUGGACCUCACUAUAGUUUUUUAAAAUAGGUGUAUUCUUAUGUCCAUUGUUUAGAUGUAAACCGUCUCUCAGUCAUACGAUGUUUUGAAGUAUUAUAAGAUUUGAACUCAGUAUUAUGUCUUCUUGGUUGUAAUUAAUUGAAUUUAUAAUGGUUAUUUAUUACUAGAAUCUUUGGAAUAUGAUGUACCUUGGUCAGGAUUCUAUAAUUUUCAAUGGCUAUUGCUGGACGAGGGUUUAUCGUAGCUAUUUCUAUUCAAACCGGAUCAUUUUUCUUUGAUUUUUAAGUUAUAGAUCAAUCAAGACUUCUCAGAUAUUCAUGACUUUUUCGAUAAAUUGAUAAUAAUAACAUCUCUGUAUUGAUAGAUGAAAUAUCACAUUUAUCAUCGACUAUAAUUUUCAACAUGGUUUGAUUAUUUAUUUGGUGAGAGUCAAGUACCUAUGAGAAAGAGAUAGCGCUAUCCACUUUGUUGAAUGACAGCCAAGGAUAGCAAUACUCCCUACACACAGAGAUUCUUAAUGAAUGAGAGAGUUGCAACGUACCGCCAACAAUGAAAAGAGCAUGUUGAACGAUAUCAGAGACUAUUCCUCAUAUUAAUUACUUAUCUAAUACAUUUCUGAUAUUGAUUAUUUCCAAUUAUUUUGUUCAUCAGCUAUGUAAAUUCACAAUUACUGAGCAAUCCUAUAUCCUCUUUAUUCUAUAUAUAACUUGGAUAUUUAUCUCUUUUCUGUAUAGGGCUACUUUCAUAGAAAUAGAAAGAAAAAGAAAAAUCUUAGUACCCUUUUUGAAAUAUUUAAUCAAAACAUGUUUCGGACAUUGAUGCCAUUUUCAAGUGAAAAUGGCAUUGACUUGAUGCCAUUGACUUGAAAAUGGCAUCAAUGUCCGAAACAUGUUGUGAUUAAAUAUUUCAUAAAGGGUACUAAGAUUUUUAUUUUUAUUUUUAUAACUUAGAUAUUUCAUCAUACAAUCUCCAUGAGCCAAAGACAUAUAUUUCUAUCAACUUUGGACCCAGAUCUAUCAAAAUUUGAAAUCAAUUUAUUUUUGCAUUUGUAAAUAAUAAGUAAGGAGACUGGUUUUGUAUUUCGAUGAUGUAUUUUUGUAACAUAACUUUGUGAAUAUAGUUGAAAUGAAAUUACGAUUUUUGGUACUA